AAUGUCAGGAAAAUACUACACGAGGUUCGGCUAACGGCAUUUCUAGGGCACUUUGAUUUUUAGGAACUAGAAGACCUCGACAUGUCCCAAGGCGAGCGGUUUGGACUGCUACAGAACACCAAGUUGCCUAGAUCUGACUCCGCUAAGGAUGAAAGUGGUCAAGACCAUUUCAAGUCACGUGUCGGUCUCGUGCUAUCGUGCCUCGGAUGUGUCAUCGGCACCGGAAACAUUUGGAGGUUUCCUCGUAUUGUUGCCCAGAACAGCGAAGAAAAAGGUGGACUGGUGUUUCUGAUGGUCUGGGUGCUAUUUCUAUUUCUCUGGUCCAUCCCUAUGCUUCUGAUAGAGUACACAAUGGGUAGAUACACCAAGACCGCCAUUGUGCAGUCCUUUCGCUUCUUCAUAGGCAACAAAGCCACGUGGUGCGGAGCCUGGGUUUCGUUCGUUCCUUUCGCCAUCAAUUCUUACUACUCGGUGGUGCUAGGAUGGUGUUUUUACUACACGUACUACUGCAUUGGUUACGAGCUCCCGACGACGAAUCUAGACAGUCGUGUUAUCUUCGACGACUUCGCCGUGAACAGCUAUUGGCCGAUUCUCACUCAUAGCAUCGCCAUUUUGAUAGCUGGUGUCUCCGUCAUCCGCGGAGUGAAAACCAUAGAAAAAGUCAAUCUCUUCCUCGUACCCUUGUUCCUCCUUAUCGUUCUCUUCACCUUUACGUGGUCUCUCACGAGGAAAUACGCAGAUCUUGGUAUCAGGUUUCUGUUUACACCAAGCUGGGACGCUUUCUCCGAUCCUCGUGUAUGGGUGGACGCGAUCAGUCAGAACGCCUUUGACACGGGCGCUGGUAUGGGCAUGAUGAUCACUUAUGCGUCGUACAUGACCCGCAGUAACAGUGUGGUUAAGUAUGGCACCCUGAUCCCCGUGGGUAAUAACAUUGUCAGCUUGAUUUGCGGAAUUACGGUGUUUUCCACUGUUUUCUCAUCUCUGGCCCUCUCACAACCUCAUCUGUCUCAGUCCGGCAUCGUCGACAUUCUCAAGGACAGCGGUCCGGCGAGUACAGGCCUGACCUUCAUCUGGAUCCCCGUGUUAUUCUCCACGGUUGGGGUGUUUGGUCGCGUCUUAGCGGUGCUCUUCUUCCUCUGCCUCUCGUUUGCUGGGGUUACCUCCCUUAUAGCGGGAAUGGAGCUUAACGCUCACACUUUUUAUGACUUUGGCAUUCCUCGGAGAUAUGGAAUGCCAAUUUCCGUCGUGCUACUUUUUCUGGGCGGAUUAGCUUCUGCCUUGGACAUAAACUUUUUGACCAGUCAGGACUUCGUGUGGGGAUUUGCUCUCAUCGUCAACGGGAUGUUUUUACAAUUUCUCGUCAUUUAUUUCGGAUCAUCUCGAUACCGGGAAUAUGUCGUCAACCGGUAUGGACUGGACGACUGGAACCUUCCGUUCAUUUGGGAGAUAACCGUCAAAUUUGUUGCUCCCAUAGAGGCUUUGGCACUAAUGAUCUGGUGGGCAGUAGACCUGAUCACGUCAGAGGCGAGAAACGGCCAGAAGUGGUACGAGUUCGGUACUGAGACGUUCAUCACCACCAUUACACAGUGGUUGGGAGUCAUGGUUGUCAUGGUUAUUUUGAACGUCAUCAUUCUGUGUGUUAAACCCCGUUGGUUCAAACCGGCCAGCGAACGUCCUUUGGAAAUCAGCUACGAUACGUCCUUCAAAACAUACGAUUCCUUAACACAACGGGAGACAAAUUUCGGGAAUUCGGAAGGCCGGAGAUGAUGAUGAGUUGUUACCCUUGAGUUGAGCAGUCAUUCAACAUGGAUUCAACUGGAUCUCGAAAUUGAUACAACUUUGACCAAAGACGUUUCCAUGUACAUUUUGACUAACAAUGGCUUGUCAGUUGUCUCCCUUUCUCGAAAGUGUCUCGUUGUUUGUUUAUGCAAUUACUCUAAAAUUAAGGGCCAAGACUGACAUUUGCCAGUGGACAUUUUUUCUAGCCAGACUAUUUUGAAGACGUCCAAACUGUUUGGAGUAAACAUUGGGAUUCCUGAUCUUGUUGAAUCUUUGGCUUUGUGACUCAGUGUUAUAUCUAUCGUAAUGUUUUGCUAUGAUUAGUCACUUUGCUUUUUCAGUAAAUGAGAAAUCGUAUAUAAUCAUUUCCGUUUUCUGUUGACUAUGUAUAUAAUGUUGCCUCAGCAAUAUGAAGUGGUAUCCAAGGA